AUGCCGUCGAUAGCCCUCACACUCCGCACUGCGCGCACCUUCUCGCGGAGCAGCACCAAGACAUACCUGAAUCUUGCACGCAACUUCAGCUCCUCCCUCCGCCGCAAUGAAAUCAACAAGGUCUUCCCAUCUGCGCAAGCUGCAAUCGAGGAUAUGAAGUCUGACAGCACUCUCCUGUGUGGCGGCUUCGGUCUGUCCGGUGUGCCUGAUACUCUCAUCGAAGCAGUCAAGUCGAACUCUUCAAUCACCGGUCUCACCGCCGUGUCCAACAAUGCUGGUGUUGUAGGCGGAGGUCUCGGACUCUUGCUCGAGAGCAAGCAGGUCCAGAAAAUGAUUGCUUCAUACGUCGGCGAGAACAAGGUUCUUGAGCAGAUGUACCUGAAUGGCGAACUCGAGCUCGAGCUCACACCUCAAGGCACUCUUGCUGAAAGGUGUCGCGCCGGCGGUGCUGGCAUUCCCGCUUUCUACACGCCCGCGGCCUUUGGUACCGUUGUCCAGACUGGUGAACUCGCUCUCCGUCACAACAGCGACGGUUCCGUCGCCCAAUACUCGACACCGCGCGAUGUCAAGGUCUUUGAUGGCAAAUCGUUUGUCAUGGAGGAAGCUAUCAAGGGUGACUACGCCUUCAUCAAAGCCUACAAGGCCGACCGCCUAGGCAACGUCCAGUUCCGCUUCAGCGCACAGAACUUCAACGGCGCAAUGGCACGCAACGCCAAAGUCACAAUCGUCGAAGCGGAGCACAUCGUUGAGGUUGGCGACAUCGAGCCCAACGCUGUCCACGUCCCCGGCAUCUAUGUCGACCGCGUUAUCCAGUCGACCGCCGAGAAGAAGAUCGAAAAGACGGUCAACGCCAAGGAUCCCGCCGACGCCGUCAACGCACUCGGCUCCGGUGACGCUGCGAACAAGCGUGAGCGCAUUGUCCGCAGAGCAGCGAAGGAGUUCAAGAAUGGAAUGUACGCGAACUUGGGAAUUGGCAUGCCUAUGCUGGCUCCCUCCUUCGUCGACGCCAGCGUGGAGGUACAACUGCAGUCCGAGAACGGUAUCCUCGGUCUUGGGCCCUACCCAAAGAAGGGUCUCGAAGACCCUGACCUGAUCAACGCGGGCAAGGAAACCGUCACGCUUCUCCCCGGCGCGUCGUGCUUCGGCUCUGAAGAGUCAUUCGGCAUGAUUCGCGCGGGCAAGAUCAACCUGACCAUCCUCGGUGCCAUGCAAGUGUCUGCGAGAGGCGAUCUGGCGAACUGGAUGUUGCCAGGCAAGGUCAAGGGAUUCGGUGGCGCAAUGGAUCUGGUAUCAAACCCAAGCAUGACAAAGGUCGUAGUCACAAUGGAGCACACAGAUAAGAAGGGCAGACCGAAGAUUCUGAAGCAGUGCGAGUUCCCGCUCACCGGCAAGGCCUGCGUGAGCCGGAUCAUCACAGACCUUUGCGUGUUCGACGUCGACUUCACAGAAGGUCUCACCCUCAUCGAGCUUGCCGACGGCGUCACAGUCGACGAAGUACGCGCCAAGACCGGCGCAGACUUCAAGGAGGCCGCCGAGAUCAAGCCGAUGCUGUGA